AUGGCAUCUGCCCACGACAGUGCCAAUGAUAACGCAAACGCUACAACGGGCCAUCCCCACGACGGCAAGUAUCAUGCAAUCGAAUCCAUGCCUCAUUCUCCCUCAACGUUUGACAACUGGAAGCAUCGGCAAGAAUAUUGGGAAAAAUUGCGUUCCGAGGAAAUACCACUAGAACAUUUCGAAGUGGGGCACUUGCAGUCCGCGCUCGGCAUCAAACUCGACGCCAACAACGACCAUCCUUUCGUUCAAUUUAUGUGGGAUCACAAGCUUCAAAUUGAAAAGCUGCAAGCCAAAGCGAAAGAAUUAGCUGUACGACUCGAGACCUUGCAAGUCGAACAAACAAAUUUUGAUCAAGAACUGCAAGCCAAAGCGAAAGAACUGGCUGUGCGACACGAAACCUUACAAGUCGAACAAACAAAUCUUGAUCAAGAACUGAUCAGUUUGAAUACAGGUAGUAGUCACGAUACAACAUUCGACAGUGGCGGAACAGGUCAAAAGCGCAAUCUAGAAGAAGUUUUGAAUGAAGACCCAGUCACCGAAGACAAUAAGCUGCUCCAGGAACGGCUGGAAAGAGAGACGUUGGAAGAGAAACGACGGAAUUUGGAAUCACAACGAAGAUGUUUGGAAUCGCAACGAAGAUGUUUGGAAUCGCAACGAAGAUGUUUGGAAUCGCAACGAAGAUUAUUGGAAGAGAAACGACUAGGUUUGGAACCGAAACGAAGAUUAUUGGAAGUGGACGUAAUAUCACAUAUCAACAAAGUUUAUCACUCUCAUUGGCGUGUCUGGCAUCGCCUCGCGUGGUAUUCCGAAAAUUGCUGCAAUGAAAUGACGACAAAUUCUCAGUCAACAGGAAACAGUUCCAUGGACAGCUACGAUUCUCGCGUUCCUCGAGAAGCUCCAGAAAAGUCGCCCAUCAUUGGGGUGGUGGUGGAUAUGCAUGACUUGCUAAAGGACCUGAAGACCGAAGCCACCAAUUGGACUGACGACAAGGAAGCUCAAUACUUGAAAAAAUUGGAAGUUCUAGCGAAAUACUUCCUUCAACUUCUAGAUCUGGACGAAGCUUCUGCUGACACUGGAGGUGAUGAAGCAGCGAACAAGGUGAAAGGGACAGUGACAAAAAUCCUUGAUCCCAAGUUUCUCGAUCUCAGCUCGCCUCCAAAAUGCGACGAAAAGCUCAACAUCCGAGGAUUGAAAGAGAAUGCAAGUGUGCAUCCCAUUCUUCACGCCAUCAUCUAUCGAGUGCUCGGUGUUGUUGGUCUACGUGAGCUUUAUAUGUCCAAGGAACACAAAACACGAAGCAAAAUUCAAGACGAAAAAGAGCAUGGCGUUGAUUUCUUGGUUGAUGAAAUGCAAGAGCAGCUCAUCCAUUUCCUUCCAAGGAUGAUUGAAGCUGCAGUGGAAGUGAAACGAUGUGGAAGAAACGACAAGAAGGAUAAGGAACUAUUUGACUGCGCUGUGAAACGAGUAAUAGGAAAGUCUGCCGAAAGGUUGUGGGGAGAGCUGAAUUUUCUAGGUAUUGGUGUAGAUUGUGACCUGUACGGAGUGGCUGUGUCGCUGUCCAAAAUAUCGCUUAUCAAAGCAUCGCUGCAGCAUGUGGGAACAGAACAAGUUGAGGUCACAUUUAUCAAGACCGAGCCAGUUGCUUUGUUAACUCAAGAGGGUCUUCAACUGCUGGCGCUUGCACUGAGCAGUGCUCACAGUGUCAAUCAGUUUCAAGCGAAGCAUGGCGAUGCCAAUAUCAAAACCAAAGUACCUGGAUGCGGAAUCGAGGGCGAAAUGACUCAAAUAUCGAUUGGCGACUGGUUGGGUUUCGGAUCAUUUGGUGAAGUGUACAAAGUUGAGAGAAUCAAACCUUUGAUCGAUUCCAAUGCUGGAUAUACACAGGGCUGUCAAGACUAUUUUAUAAAGAUCCCGAUAUUCCAACGUACGAUAACUUCAUUGCAGGAUGAGGCAAAAGUCUUGCGUCGGCUGAAUCAAGCAGAUCAGGGGCAUGGUAUAGUACCCAACAUUCCGUCUUGCAAGGCAGCGACUUUUUUUGAUUUUGAAUUGAAUGGCUUUGUCGGUAAAACUUAUGGCCUGCUUCUCAAUGGUAUUAUUGGGAAGCGUGCGAGCGCUUUCGAUUGGAAGGCGGAAUGCUACAAGCAGCACCUACCUUUUGUCAUGGAAAAGGUACAUGACACUCUACUGGCUGCGCACGAACGGUGUGUGUAUCAUCUCGAUGUUCGAUCUUGCAACAUAAUUGUGGCUCCCAAGGACUUUACAGGAAAGUCACCUGGGUACAUGGAUGUACUGUUGAUUGAUUGGAGUAUAUCAAUCGCUGAUGAUGCAGAUUUUUCCUUUCGCGGCUACGACGCAUAUGCUCACAAGGGGAUCCUUGAUGCAAAGAGAACGGACGAAAGAACUAAACCAAAACCAGAGUAUGACUGGGCUUCACUAUUGUACACGUUUUACUACUUGCAUGAAGGUGAAAUACCCUGGCAGGUAUGGGAUAGUGAUGACUCUCGGUGGCUCUGUGACACUGACAUGAGAGAAAAGAUGGUUUUGCAAUGGUGGAAGCAAAAAGUCCAGCAUCAAUGGGAAGCAGACCACAGCUUGGUUCAAAAGCUUGCACCACUUCUACUUGAAGAAAAGAGGCCGCCAUCUUAG